AUGGCUGACGGUGAGGAAGGAGUUAAACAAGAGGUGAAGGAGCAGGUGGCUGCUGGGAAGUUCAAUCCUAAGGAGCCGAGCGCCAUCGUGGAGAUGACACAGGCGAUGCAUGCCUUGGUGAGGGAUUUUAUGGAGAUGGACUUCACAUCAUAUCUCCACUUGGGUGAUCUUGACCUAGGAGGCCUCCGCCAAUUGUGCAAUGAUCCCGAUGUCGAGGAUGUUCCUCCAGAACAUGAUCCUUCCAAAGCUGGGACCUCCUCUAAUUUGUUUGGUAAGUGA